UAAUGUCUCUUCCGUCUUUCCCUUCCCCAACCCCACCUCCCAGACUCCUUCAUUCCGGCACUGCGUGGACGGAAACCCCGGUGUAGCCGGCACCACAUCCAUGGCAGGCGGGAGAGAGCGUGGAAGGGGAUGUCACCCAACAGUUUAAAUCCAACGAUUCUGUUUCCAUCCUUUCUCCCGAGCUAGAGCCAACAAGCCUAGAAAACUAGGCUGCGGACAUACUAGUGUUUUCAUUUAAUUGGAUAUGAAGAAAGAACAAAUAUGUGCGGGGGCAACCACGAUCUUUAUAAAGAACGUAAGUUCCAGGAAAGCAGGAGUCUUGUCUGUCUUGCUCACUGGUGUGUCUUCUGCAUAUAGAGCUGUACCUGGCACAUAAUAGGUGCUGAAUUUUGUAUUAGACACAGCACUCAUAUAUACUCAACUACAUCUGAGUCACCCACCCAAGUCUAGGCUAUUCAGUAGACCUCAAGGAGGUAGAGCCAGCCACCACCUGAGGAACAGUACCAAUUGCAGACUCACUGACCAUCAGAGCCUGGACAAAGCUGCCACCCACAGUGGAGUGCCCCUGGUGACACAGCAAGCCUAAAAGGGAUUAUUACCUUAUUUGCAAAAAAACCCUAAUUGGUGGAUCCUGCUACCUCCUAGAAACACCAACUCAGAUCUUCAAAGGUGGACUUUUCUUCCAUCCUGAACCAUCUUGACUUAGCUAAACAUUGAAAUUUGGCUGCUUAUUACAUCGAAACUAUGAAGUCUAAGGCCCAUCGUGCUCAGAAUCCAAAUUGCAGCAUAAUGGUAUUUCACCCAACCAAAGAAGAGUUUAGUGAUUUUGAUAACUAUAUUGCUUACAUGGAAUCUCGGGGUGCACACCGAGGAGGCCUGGCCAAGGUCAUCCCACCCAAGGAGUGGAGGGCCAGACAGAGCUAUGAUGACAUCGAUGACAUCUUAAUAACUCGCCCCCUCCAGCAAGUGGCCUAUGGCGGGGCAGGUGUCUUUACUCAAUUCCAUAAAAAGAACAAAGCCAUGACUCUGAGCGAGUACCGCCAACUGGCCAACAGCACAAAAUACCAGACCCCAGCGCACCUGACUUUUGAAGAGUUGGAGCGAAAAUACUGGAAAAACCGUCUCUAUGAUGCCCCGAUCUAUGGUGCUGACAUCAGCGGCUCUCUGUUUGAUGACAACACAGCACACUGGAACCUCAGGCGCCUGGGCACCAUUCAGGACCUGUUGGAGCAGGAGUGCGGCGUGGUCAUCGAGGGAGUCAACACGCCCUACCUGUACUUUGGCAUGUGGAAGACCACGUUCGCCUGGCACACGGAGGACAUGGACCUGUACAGCAUCAACUACCUGCACUUCGGGGAGCCCAAAACGUGGUACGCGGCCCCGGAGCACGGGCGGCGCCUGGAACGCCUGGCCGGGCAGCUGUUCCCGGGCAGUUCCCGCAGCUGCCAGGCCUUCCUGCGGCACAAGGUGGCCCUCAUCUCGCCCAGCGUCCUGCGGCAGAACGCCAUCCCCUUCCGCCGCGUCACUCAGCAGGCUGGCGAGUUCAUGGUCACCUUUCCCUACGGCUACCACGCGGGCUUCAACCACGGCUUCAACUGCGCCGAAGCCAUCAAUUUCGCCACCUUGCGCUGGAUCAAUUAUGGCAAAGUGGCCUCUCAGUGCAGCUGCGGGGAAGCCAGGGUCACCUUUGACAUGGAUGCCUUUGUUCGUAUCCUGCAACCCGAGCGCUAUGAGCUGUGGAAGUGCGGCCAAGAUCGGACGGCCCUGGACCACACGGAGCCUACGGCACGCACCAGCCCGGAGCUGACCAAGUGGAAGCAGGAUCGCGGGCUCUGGAGGGCAGCCCGAGGCUUGGCUUCCAAACUUGCUAGGUCCCUGGCUGCAGGCGAUGGUACUCGCUGCAAGGCUCCCCAGCGCCUACGGGCUGCCGGGGAAUCUACAGCACAGCCAGCGGGCAUUGCCCACAGUUCCAGGAAACCACAGGCAGCCCCGCGGACUUCACUGGGUCCCUGUGCCCCAGAGGUCCUCUCAACUGUCACACGUGGCUGUCGGCGUCGCUCUAGGGAACUGGGGCUGCAGGAGCCAAGCCUCCAGUCGCCAGCAAAGAGGCGCCUCUCGGUCAGAACAGGGCGCACAGCUGCGCGCUCCCAGCCUCAGUCCUCACCUGAGCGUGGUAUCUUGAUGGUCAAUCCUGCACCAAGCCUGGGGCCGCAGCUCCCCGCUUAG